GCUUCGGGGUCCUUCGGGUUAAAGAACUGAAACAACAAAAAAAUUCCAUGAUGCAAAUUUGAUGACAUUUACCUUUGCGGCUGCAUUCCAGAUGAAUAAAACUACCAAAAUAAAUAAGUGUCCAUAACGACGUGAGAAGGUGGCAACUUGUUCUAAAUUAACAACAAUGUCAUCCUGCUGUUAAUGUGCGACGAGAGUGAAUACACUAAAAACUGCCUGUGAGACCGACAACGAACCCUCCAAAAAAGGACUCUUGCUCUGCAGUACCAUCGCCUGUUGAACUCAGAGGGCCAGGAAGGAGAUGGAGAAGGCAGAGUUUCAAAGCCACGUGCGGGACUGAAUUUGCUUUGUGCUGUGUAAGGUGAGCAAAAACAAAAGGAAAAAAGGAGACACCAGGCAGGAGGAAUCAGAAGGUAGGGAGAGUUUUGAGCGCUCCAGAGUCAUUGAGGUUCGGGGGAGGGGGUGCGUCGGGGUAUCAAAAAGUGAAAAGGAGGAGUCGUGAGGCGUGCGGGGAGGAAAAUCCAACCCUGGAAGGAAGAGGAGGAAUCGCUUCCCGGUGAAGAGUCGCAGUGAACCACAGACUCUCCAGAGACUCGCUUUGCAAUCGGAAGCUGUCUGCGGCACUCACUGACUGACAGAAGGAGGAAGAAGAAGAGGAGGAGGAGGAGGUGAGAGCCAAGUGUGAAGACCAGUAUCUUCAUCUGGACUGAGAGCAGAGACUGAACAGAAGAGCGUAAGAGUGUCCUCGUUAAGGAAAUUAACACCAAGAAGAAUUGGAUCAUGGCUGUCCCGCUCAUUCCCGAAUCAGCUGUGUGUUUGCUCAUGAUGACGGAGGGGAGGCGAUGUCAGGUCCAUCUCCUGGAUGACAGGAAGCUGGAGCUCCUUGUGCAGCCCAAGUUGAUGGCGAAAGACCUCCUGGACCUGGUGGCCUCUCACUUCAACCUCAAGGAGAAGGAGUACUUUGGCAUUGCGUACACAGACGAAACGGGCCAUUUUAGUUGGCUGCAGCUGGACCGCAGGGUAUUAGAACAUGAAUUCCCCAAGAAAUCUGGGCCCAUUGUCCUCUACUUCUGUGUCAGGUUCUACAUCGAGAGUAUAUCAUACUUGAAGGACAACGCUACCAUUGAGCUUUUUUUCCUCAAUGCCAAGUCCAUCAUCUACAAGGAGCUCAUCGAAGUGGACAGCGAUGUCGUCUUUGAACUGGCUUCCUAUAUUCUCCAAGAGGCCAAAGGUGAUUUCACCAGUAACGAUGCAACCAGAGCUGACCUGAAAAAGCUCCCCGCUCUGCCCACCCAGGCCCUAAAGGAGCACCCGUCCCUGGCCUACUGCGAGGAACGGGUCAUCGAGCACUACAAGAAGCUCAGCGGCCAGUCCAGAGGGCAAGCUAUUGUAAACUACAUGAGCAUUGUGGAGUCUCUGGCCACAUAUGGAGUACAUUACUACGCCGUAAAGGAUAAGCAGGGGAUCCCGUGGUGGCUGGGACUGAGCUAUAAAGGCAUAUUUCAGUAUGACCAUCAGGACAAAGUCAAGCCCAGAAAGGUGUUCCAAUGGCGCCAGCUGGAGAACCUCUACUUCCGAGAGAAGAAGUUCUCCGUGGAAGUUCAUGACCCCAGGAGUAGGGCGUCGGUGACACGCAGGACAUUCGGCCACAGCGGCAUCGCAGUCCACACCUGGUACGCUUGUCCGGCCCUCAUCAAGUCCAUCUGGGCCAUGGCCAUAAGCCAGCACCAGUUCUAUUUGGACCGCAAGCAGAGCAAGUCUAAGAUCCACGCGGCGCGCAGUCUGAGCGAGAUUGCCAUCGACCUCACCGAGACGGGAACGCUGAAAAUGUCCAAACUGGCCAACAUGGGCAGCAAAGGCAAGAUUAUCAGCGGGAGUAGCGGCAGUCUGCUCUCUUCAGGCUCUCAGGAAUCAGACAGCUCCCAAACAGCCAAGAAGGACAUGUUGGCUGCACUAAGGGCCCGCCAGGAAGCCCUGGAGGAGACGCUGAGGCAGAGGCUGGAAGAGCUCAAGAACAUCUGCAUCAGAGAGGCUGAGCUGACGGGGAAACUUCCCAAGGAAUACCCUCUCGAUCCGGGAGAGGAAGCCCCCACGGUCCGGCGAAAGAUCGGCACGGCCUUCAAACUGGACGAGCAGAAGAUUCUUCCCAAGGGAGAGGAAGAGGAGCUGGAGCGCCUGGAGCGGGAGUUCGCCAUCCAGUCGCAGAUCACCGAGGCCGCCCGGCGCCUGGCCAGCGACCCGCACGUGGGCAGCAAGAAGCUGAAAAAGCAGAGGAAGACGUCGUAUCUCAACGCGCUCAAGAAGCUGCAAGAGAUCGAGAACUCCAUCAAUGAAUAUCGCGUGCGCUCCGGAAAGAAGCCCACGCAGAGGGCAUCGCUAAUCAUCGAAGAAGCCAACAUCGGCUCCGAAGACAGUUCGCUGUCGGACGCGCUGGUGCUGGAUGACGACGACCCCCAAGCGACCGGCACGCCCAACUUCUCCCCGAUAGCGUCGCCCCACAAGGGCCUCCCCCCGCGCCCGCCCUCCCACAGCCGCCCCCCGCCGCCCCAGUCCCUGGACGGGCUGCGGCACCUGCACUUCGGCCGCGGGGACUACGACAAAUCGCCCAUCAAGCCCAAAAUGUGGAGCGAGUCGUCGCUUGACGAGCCGUACGAAAAAGUCAAGAAGCGCUCGUCUCAUUCCAGUCACAGAAGAUUUCCGAGCUCAGGCAGCACAGAAGCCGGAGGGAGCAACUCCCUGCAGAGCAGCCCCAUCAGGAGCCUCCCUCAGUGGAACUCUCAGUCCAGCACGCCGUCCACGCCGGACCUGAAGACCCGGACGCCGCACUACGUACAUUCCACCAGGUCAGUGGACAUCAGUCCCACACGUCUGCACAGUCUCGCUCAGCACUUUAGGAACCGCAGCUCCAGCCUGGAGUCCCAAGGCAAGCUGCUGGCGUCGGACCCGGACGCGCACCCGCACGCGCUGGGCAGCCCGGACUUUUUCCUGGGUCCCGCGCGGAGCUCCAACGGCUCCGACCCGCUGGACGACUGCUCCUCCUGCACCAGCCAGAGCAGCUCGGAGCACUUCUACCCGGCCGCCGGGCCCCUGGCGCCGGGCGGCAACCCCAACUACUCCACCCUCGGGGAGGACUCGCCCUCCAAAGCCAGGCAGAGGCAGCGGCAGAGGCACAGGUCCGCCGGUCACCUGGGCUCGUCCAACUCCGGCUCCAUGCCGAACCUGGCGGCCAAGAACGGCUCGGUCGGGGGUCCGGGCGGCUGCGGCGGCGGCGUCGGCGGAGCCCACCACGGCGUCUACCUCCACAGCCAGAGCCAGCCGUCCUCCCAGUACCGCAUCAAAGAGUACCCGCUGUACGUGGAGGGCAGCCCCAACCCGGUGGUGGUCCGCAGCCUGGAGAGCGACCAGGAGGGCCACUACAGCGUGAAGGCCCAGUUCAAGACGUCCAGCUCCUACACGGCCGGGGGACUGUACAAGGAGGCCUGGGGAGGCGAGGAGGGCGGCGAGGGCGGCGGCCGACUGACGCCGUCGCGCUCGCAGAUCGUACGGACUCCGUCGCUGGGGCGCGAGGGGAGCGGCGGAGGAGGGGGGAGGGCGGCCGUGUCGGAAGAGCUGCGCUGCUGGUACCAGAGGUCGUCCGGGAGCCUGAAGGAGAGGAGUCGCUCCCACUCGGGGUCCACCUCGUCCGAAACGGGCUCGCAGCACGCCGCGCUCGGACACGGGCGGGGCGGUCGGGUGGGAACGCUCGCCAAGGGCUCCCCAGCGGCGUCCCCGCACAGCCAGCGGAGUAUGACGCCCUCCGGCGAGCGGGCGGCCACCCCAACGCCCCCCUGCAGUCCGCAGCACACCCUCAACUGGCAGAGCGGGUCGUUCGGUGACAGCCGCUUCCUGGGCGGCCCUUCCUGUUCCGAGCUGGCCGACGUGCAGUGGUACAGACGCGACAAGGCCAAACCUGGAACCCUGGUCUGAGACCUCCCCGCAAAGGCGUGCUCCCCCAACCCCAGCCCCCUACCGCCGCCCCCUUUCACCGCAUCCCCGCUCAACAACAGCCGUACGCGGCCCUCCCCGCCCCGGUCGGGACGCGAGCGACGGCGCCGAGUGGACGCCAACGAGAGGGGAGAGCGCGGUCUCGUCGUGCGUUUCAGAGUCGUCCCCCAAACCGGGAGGAUUCCUGCUGGUUUUGAGCCACCGGUCUUGAAAACCCAGACAAGUGUGUCGGGUUUCAGUAUUCCCAUUCGUCCUUUAUUCCCUCCUCCGCCACCACAUAUUUAUUAUCUAUCACGGAGAGGGCCACUUUUCCUGAAAAAAAAAAAGAAGAAAAGAAUCUGGCGAACAUUUACGACAAAAAUUCCUCGUCUCGGUUUGAACGCCCCAGGCCGGAUCUUCCGGUCGCAGGUCUUCGAGGACAGAACACAAUCCGGACUACGGCAAUAAGAAACAUUGUUGGAUCUCUUCUCGGAGGAGGAUUUGCAACUUUGGGGGCUUUUGGCGUCCGUUCGGAGCUCAGCGGAGAGACCUCGGCAACAUUUCCCGUCCGCCACUCACGGGAAGGGACAUUUUCAAACGUUGAAAACUUUCCUUGGGAAUUUACAAAAUAGACGGGGACGUAAACAUCAGCGUUGCGGCAAAUAUUAUUUUUGCUAAACGGUCACAAAAACAACUAUCAUGAGUUAAUAUCAUAUUUUUUUUUGGGGGGGGGGUAGUUCGCCUUGUCACGACAAAAUGACAAAAAUCUCAUUAUUUCUUCUUUGAAUGUGACGUGAUACCUUUUCAUCCGAAUUUCCCACAAUUCCCGAGUUUCCUCGCAAUUUGGAGCAUUCCCAAAACUUCCCCCGCGGUAACGUUCCACCCGUUUGUAAUCCGGGUCAGUCCGUCAGAGUCCCGCCUGGGUUCUCUUCGGUGUGGGAUGUUGGUUUCUCACGUCACACGUGGACAAAAGUAUUGGGACACGCGGCCAUGACGCUUACAGGAAGUAGUCCUGGUCGUCGAUGGGAGCCUGGAAAAUGGUUCCGGCUUUAUUCGCCACGCGCUGCCCGGUGCGGUCGAGCCCCGAUUGGACCGGGCCACUGCACGAAAAAAAAAACACAGUGCAUCACCCACACCGGCGAGCCUGUGUCGGCUUUUGUUGCUGCGCGUGCGGUAUAUUGUACUUUAUCGCCUUUAUUUAACAUAAAUUUAACCGCAGGUGCAUUGCAAAUGAUAACAAAAUUUCCUACCUAAUUUACUGCAUUUGUGAGGCGACGGGCCGGCGUUCUUCGUCACGCCCGCUUUACGUAUAAAACGUAUCGAGUGAACGCUAACGUACAUUUCGAGCGGCUGUCGCAGCCGAAGUUGCGGCAAGUGCAGAUUUUGAACCGGCGCCACAUUUCAGGCACCGUAUGACAACUUGUUAAGCAUAUUAUUUGGCACCCUCUUAUUGGUAAAAAAAAAAUAUAUAUAUAUAUAUAUAUAUAUAAUUUAAUUCUCAUGAAAUUUUAACUUUUUCUUCGGGGGGCUGGGGGAAAUCUGGUCCAAGUAACACUGUUAAAAUAAAUUUUUUUAGAAAAAAUGCAACUUUAUUCUUGUCAGCAAGUAUUUUUUUUCUCAUUGAUUUGGUAAUAUGGUAUUAUGUAUGAUUGGAAAAUAAGAUGGAUCAAAAAAAAUGGUAAAAAAAAAAGAGUAUAAUUCAUAAUAUAUAAUUGUGGCUUUUUUUUGUUAAAAAAACAUCUUAAAGUAUUUAUCAUGAGAAAGAAAUAUUUUAUUUACUGCAGUGUUUUAAUUCCAGUGUUUCCUUCUCCAAAAAUGACAACUUUAAUCAAAUGAAAACAAAUAAUAUUAAAUUCAGAAUAAAUGAAGCUCACCUUGAAUCUUGUCAUAUCGUGAUUUUAAUCGCACGAGAUUCAAACUUAAAGCUAAAAAUCGAAAUUUGAUGCAAUAAUAUCUUUGACUUUUUUUUCUGGGAAAAUUAUCACAAAAAAUUUGCAAAUAUAAUAUAAUUUAAAAGAAAAAAAAAACAUAGCUAAUCAGAGGAGUGUCCCAAAACCUUUGUCCACGGAUUGUGGGUCAGACCACUUGUAUUCCACGACGGUCUCUUUCAUUUUUUUUAUAUUUUGGGGUUGGGGCACGAACCUUAAAGCCUCGGAGAACAGCAACCACGCGGAUUAGCCGAACUUCAGAAAAGCACAACGUCACCUCCGCUCGUCGGCGCUCAAAAGAAGCCAUAAAGCGACACUCAACGUCAUAAAUAUUGAGCAGCUUUAACAUUUACGAUUGUCAAUGGUCCCGGACAGAUGCCAGAAAAACAAAAAAAGACUCUGAACACACGUCACAUCACAGAAAAAUCUUUUAGCGACAUAUGAUUAUCUGAUCGGAAGGGGAGGGCAAAUGCCUCAAAUUUGGUACAAUUAUCAGUAUGGGUGCCGCACACCUCAGGAUUUGCAAUUCUAUAUAUAUUUUUUUCCACAUUCAACAUUUACAUUUGCCAGCCCCGAUCAUUUUCUGAGUAGAUCAGGGGUUUCAAAAUGACACCAUUGGAUAAUCGCUCAGGAGGAUCAUUCAGAGUCCUUCCGUGAUUGGGUUUUUGCUGAAAUUGAUGGAGUGGGAGGCAAAAUGCUGAAAUGUGGCUCAAUGUUCGGUAUGGUUGUAAUCCACUUAACACACCAGCACUGGAGAAUCGCUGAUAGGCUUCCAAGAAUCAGACAAUUGGUGACGCUGAUCAGAAAUGCGGGGGCGAUGGUCACCCAAUUACCGGUGUGUGGUUAUCCCGCUUUAGACAUCUAACACCACAGAAUAAUCUGUCCGGAUAAUCGUUGUCAUCGAAGAGUUUUCUGCUCUAGUUUUGUCCAAUUACCAGUUUGUGUGAACGCUGAUUAAAACAGCUCACACUAUCGAAUAAUUGUUGAGGUAAAUCUUUAAAGAUGCAGCUGGUAAUCGGUCCUUUUCAAAAUGUUCAGAUUUGACCUGAUUGUUGGGCUGUGUACCCCACUUUACACACACUCCAUCGUAGGAUAAUCUUUCAAGACUCGAUUGACUUUGAUUCGAAAGGGAUGAAGAAUGCUCAAAUCUGGCCCGACUGUCAGUGUUCACAUACCCCUUUUAACACACCAAUAUAGGAUUAUCGGUCAGGAUAAUCUUUCAAAGAUUGGGCUGUUACUGACUGAUCAGAAAGUUCAGCAAUGGUCAGUUAAUACCCGUUUUGUCAGUAUGCCCGUAUGACAUUUGACACCUCACGCCGCAGGAUAAUUCAUCGGGAUGAUCUUUGGACCACAUCCGAUUAUCGUCCUUUGCUGAUCGCAGGGGAGGGAAAAUACUACAGUUUGAUCCGAUUAUCGGACUGUGUGCAUCGCGCUCGUUUAGCGACCUCCCAGAAUCGGGCCUUUGUUGACAAAAGCGGGGAAAACCCUCGACUGCGUUCCGAUUAUCGGUAUGAAGAGAACGACUCAUCCCGUACACCCCAACAUGCAACUGGACAGGGUUAGAAAAGCACAACGUAGAUAAAACGGGAUCAUGGCACACCUUUUGGUCUUGACGGCCGCUCCCGAUCCUUCCUUUCGAGGCCAAGCGUUGAACCGUCACAAUCCCGCCAUCCCUCGCGCACGCCGCCGAAGAUAAAACUCAGCCGCGGCCGACAUAUCGCCAGGUCAAGACCCCCCACCGACCCCGACCCCUUCGUGGAAUUGUUGGCGCCCGGUGUGGUCUAAGUGCAGCCUCCUCCCUCUAGUGGCCAUCCAUGCAAAGACAGUUUCAACUCACGUUUUUUGUUUUUGGAUUUUUUUUGAUUUACGAGUAUUUUUAAGACUUGCUGGUUUUCACCGAUGUUCCCAUCACUGCUGUUGUUGUUGUUGUUUUUCUUCUCCCGGGUGCUACACAAGUUAAGCUAACACGCCAUCUAUCUAGCAUUCCCCCAUAGAGUGGCUCAGUUUCCGAUCCGAGUCGAUUUUAACACGCGGCUGGCAAAUAGAGCAUGUAACUGUUAACACAAAUACUUUUAAUGUGCUGUAGGAAAAGCGUACGUGGAAUCGAUGAUACAGAAUAAUAAUAAUGAUAACUGAAUUCCACAGUUAAUUUAUUCUUUUCUAUUAAAAAUUUGUAUAGUAACUUUACAUUUUUCAAAAGGUGUGACGUUGGAAAAAAAAACAGAACAAAACAAACGAAAAAAAAAAAAGCGGUGCGGGAUUUUUUUUCAGAGACGCUGUCGCCGGUUCAGGAGAUGAACACAAAUAAAUUAUUGAUGAAGUUUGCAAGA